CACUCAUCACUACUGCAGUGUCUCAGUGCCUCAGUCUCUGACCUUCCACAGGCACCAUGCAAGCAUUUGCUCCCAGGUUGUAUCUGACCCCAGUGAGGGAUGAAGAAGCGGAGUCUCAGAGGAAAGCAAAGUCUCGUCAUGCCAGACAGACCCGCAGGUCAACACAGGGUGUGACUCUGACAGACCUGAAAGAGGCUCAGAAGACCAUUAGUCUGGCUCCUCAAGACAGACAGAUGGAGGAAGGAGACACUCUGGAUGAAAGGUCCUGUCUGAGGAAAGGCUUGACAGAUGACAGGAGAGUAAUAAUCGGCCUGACAGAGUCCACGGAAACAACAGAGAUAAGUCCAAAAUGGAGUAAAAUGGACGAGCAGGGGAACAUUGAACCCAGGUUAGAAACCCUCACUGAGUCUUCAAUACCAAACCUUUCAUAUUCGUCUGUUGCUGGAUCCUGUGGUCUGACUUACUGCAACAACUCAUUCAGAGCUGGUGAGAGAUGGUGGAGAGAUGAAAAUCAGAACCCUGUUGAAGAUGCAGCACAGCUCAGCUUAGCUACAAAGCAGCAACAGAGACGACACUGCUACGAUGUCGAAGGUUCAGACUUCAACACUGCGGAGGGCCACUAG